AUGAAUUCUUUGGCGACCUUCCCUUUCGUAGACACUGCAGUGGCAUCAGACCAACAUUGUGGAAUUUCCCUACAUUACUCAGGAGAAGAGGUGGCCACCAUGCGUCCAGCUAAGGUAGGGGAAAGAUAAUCAGGGAGAGAUGUUGGGGAUAGGUGGAGUGGGUCUGUACUUGUUACAGAGAGCGUUCUUGCAGGGGCCCGAAUCUUGCACCUGUGCUUCUGAGGCUUCUGCCUCUGAGGAAGUGGGUUACUUGACUGAGUUUUACUCAUGAAACCUUGAACAUGACCUAGGAAGAGUCUAGCUGGUGGAUCAAGCCAUUAACGCACCUAGUCCAGCAUCCUAUUCCCACAGUGACCAUUUGUAAGCAGGAGCUGAGUACAACAUGCCUCUUCAGGUGAUUCCCAGGAACUGGCAAUGAGGAAUAUACUGCCCAAAACAAGUGGAGGCCGCGCACAGUCAUCAUGGCUGGUAGUCAGUUGUAACCUUAUCUGCUAUGAAUUUGCCUAAUUCUCUUUUAACUUGGUGACCAUUACUGCAUAUUGCGUUAGUGAAUUGCUGAGUUUAACAUUGUGAAAAAUGCUUCCUUUAGUUUGUCCUUAAUCUGUGCACAAUUAGCUUCAUUGGAUAGCCUUGGACUGCAGUAUCAUCCUAGAGGAAGAAACACCUCCCUCUCUCCUAUUUCUAAACACCAUGAAUACCUUUUUACAUCUCUAUCAUAUUUCCCCAUAAGCCCCUUUGUUUCAGAUUAGUAAUUACUCAUAUUUUUCCAACCCGUUAAUUAUUUUGUUUGUUCUUUUCCCAACGUUUUCUGAAUGCAAUAUUAUUUUUGAGGUCAUGCAACUGGAUCCAUACAGUUUUAUAAGGGCAGCUGCACCACAGAUUUGUAUAUCAGCACUAUGAUAUUGGCAGCUUGGUUUUGAAUCUUUCCCUAAAACGGCAUCGACCCAUUUCACUACUUUCACACCCUGUGCCAAUAUCUUUACUGAGCUAUCAGCUAUGAUCCCAAAUGUCACAUUCCUUCUCAGUCAUCACCAAUUCAAAUCCUAUUUGCAGAUGUGUUAAGUUAGGAUGUUUUUUGCUUGAAGGUGCACUAUAUAAAUUUGCUUACGUACAUUUGGUUAUGUCAUUGUCUUUAAUAAUGUUUUCCACCAGUUUCCCCAAAACAAACAUGAAACUAACUAACCUGCAGUUUCCUGGAAACUAAAUCCCUCUUGGAGGAAAGGAAACUGGGCAAUCUCACAGACUCGUUACAUGUUUUUGUUAGAAUACUUGACUUAGAAUUCUUAAACUAAUGGGUAAAUUCCAUCGGCUUUGGGUGAUUUCUGAACACUUAAGAUCUCCAGUUGCCCAUUGCAGAAGAGAGGUUUCCAUACCUUACCCUGGAUGGACUACGAAGAAGGGAAUUGUUUUCCUUUUCCAGGGAUCAAUGAGCUUUGAGGGGGUGUCCUUGCAUUUCACUGACGAUGAAUGGUCCCUGCUGGAUCCAGGCCAAAGAGCGCUGUACAAGGAAGUCAUGAUGGAGAUUUAUGAGAUGGUGGCUUCUGUGGGUAAGGAUCCUUUCCCCCUGGAUCAAUAGCUAGUGAAGGUGUGAACUCCUGUUGGUCACUAAAGGGAACGUUCUUCAUUUCCCCUGUACAAAAGAACAUAUGAAGAACCCUGUUGGGUCAAAGCAAAAUUCUACAUAGUCCAGCAUUCGGAUGCACACAGUCACACUCCUGGUAUAUGAUUUUAUAGACAUCAAAGAAAAGACAUAUCGGUUAAGAGUUACUUGCUUUGAUUCUCUUUUAUUCUGGCCAUUGAGGUCUCUAGUUCUGAUUUGGUGGGGUGUGAACUUGCUUUUUGGAUAGGAUUGUGCUUACAACUGCAUGGCAUGGAAACAAAGGCUGAAGGGGUCUUGUGUGCGCUGGUUGCAACUUACUGCUUUUGGGUCAGUCAUAGACUGCUUAAUCACAUAGCUUGCUUAGCAGUAUACACGACAGAAUGAUGGUGUGGCAGAUAUUAUGCUAUUCAUUGCAUUUAGUUGCUUUUUCAUGAAAGGUCAAUUCAAAAGCAAGUUACCAUAGGAUGCAAAAAUUAAGGCCACUAUAAUUCUUUAAGGUAAAGGCCCAAAGCCUGGCUGAAAAGAAAUAUUAAUGCCUCCCUCCUAAAAUUAGCCAGUUAUUGGCUCCUGGGGAGCCUCCCUGGGCAGAGCAUUGCCUAGGCGGAAGCCACCACUCCAAGCCCCAUGCUUGUGUUGGCACACUUGGCACCUUGCCAGAAGAAGGGCACAGUGAGAAGGACCUCAGAUGAUGAAUGUAGGGUGUGGGCUGAUUCCUGAAGGAAAAGGGAACUGAAGAUGAAAACUGACUGGUACUCAGUGCAAUCCCUGUGGCAGUAGCAAGAAGCUUCAGCCUUCCUUAUACCACUGAGCCACAACUUAGCUGUUGCCCAUGUUGGCUGGGGCUGAUAGGAGCUGUAGUUCGGCAGCAUCUGGAGGGACAAAGAUUCUCUGUUCCUCUCAUAAGAACUGGGUACAUUUUAAAACCUUUUUAAAAUUAUUAUUAUAGAAAACCCUCUUUAUCCACCCAAACUUGAGAAAGGGAAAGGUGAGGUGUCUGUUGGAUGAGGAUGAUAUGUGGAUGAUGUAAAAUAAAAAAAAGUACAGACACAAGCAGAUUCAAGGCCACAUUAAAGUCCAGUAUAGGCGGGUGUGCAUUUUGCAGCAUCUUACCAGCUUUUCUUUUUAAACCACCAGGAGAUGUUUGGAGGAUCCUGGCUGAGGGGGACCCAUCUGAAGGGCCACCUGAAAGAGCUGAGGAGCAACAGAAGUUAAGGAUUCAAGAUGGAACCAACAGACAAGAGGGCAGACGAACGCAGAAGGCGGGGAUGGAACCCACUGCUUCUCAGGUUAACGAAAAUCAGAUACCACACACAGGGGACAAACCUAAAGAAUGUUUGGAGGGUGGAAAGAACUUCAGUGACAGAGCCUACCUUAUUUUUCAUAAAAGAGGUCAUACAGCGGAAAAACCAUAUAAAUGCUGGGAGUGUGGAAAAAGCUUCAGUCGGAAAGAACACCUUAAUCUGCAUCAAAGAAUUCAUACAGGCGAGAAACCUCAUAAAUGCAGGGAGUGUGGAAAGAGCUUCAGGCACAGAGACUCCCUCACUAGGCAUCAAAGAAUUCAUACUGGGGAGAAACCUUAUAAAUGUUUGGAAUGUGGAAAGAGCUUUAUUCAGUGUAGCGUGCUCACAAGACAUAAAAGAACUCAUACAGGGGAUAAACCUUAUAGAUGCUGGGAGUGUGGAAAGAGCUUUAGUGACAAUGGCACCCUUACUCGCCAUCAAAGAACUCACACAGGGGACAAACCUUAUAGAUGUUUGGAGUGCGGAAAGAACUUCAGUCGUAUAAAGUCCCUUACUUUUCAUAAAAGAAGGCAUGCAGGGAGAAAACCUUAUGAAUGCUCGGAAUGUGGAAAGAGCUUUAGUGUGCGUAGCCAGCUCAAAAGACACAUGAGAAUUCAUACAGGGGAGAAACCUUAUAAAUGUUUGGAGUGUGGAAAGAGUUUCAGCCGGAGUGGCCACCUUUUGCAACAUCGAGGAACUCAUACAGGGGAAAAACCUUAUAAAUGCUUGGCAUGUGACAAGUGUUUUAGUCAGAGUGUUCACCUUACUCAGCAUCUAAAAACUCAUACAGGGGAAAAACCUUAUAAGUGUUCAGAGUGUGAAAAGAGAUUCAGUCAGAAUAGUCACCUCACCAUACAUAAAAGAACACAUACAGGGGAGAAACCUUAUAGAUGUUUGGAGUGCGGAAAGAGCUUCACAGUCAGUUCGUCCCUUUCUAAACAUCAAAGAAUUCAUACAGGUUACAAACCUUAUGAAUGUUUGGUGUGUGGAAAGAACUUCAGUCGCCUAGAUUCCCUUACUUUUCACAAAAAAAGGCAUUCAGGGGAGAAACCUUAUAAAUGUUGGGAGUGUGGAAAGAACUUCAGUGGCUCCCUUACUCAACAUCUAAGAACUCAUACAGGGGAAAAACCUUAUAGAUGUUUGGAGUGUGACAAGAGUUUUAGUCAGAGUGGUCACCUUACUCAACAUCUGAGAACUCAUACCGGGGAGAAACCUUAUAAGUGCUCGGUGUGUGAAAAGAGCUUCAGUGGCUCCCUUACUCAGCAUCUAAGAACUCAUACAGGGGAAAAACCUUAUAAAUGUUUGAAGUGUGAGAAGAGUUUUAGUCAGAGUGGUCACCUUACUCAACAUCUGAGAACUCAUACCGGGGAGAAACCUUAUAAUUGCUUGGAGUGUGGCAAGAACUUCACCUACAGGUAUUCCCUUAACUCACAUCAAAUAAUCCAUAGAAGUGAAAUAUCUUAA